GAGACAUCAUCGGUCCGGCUAGUGUAAUAUAGUUGUUGUGUAGGUUGGCCAAGUCAAUGCGCUUGUAAUUUUUGUUUCUAGAUCCUACUAGCCAGUGUAAUUUGUUUAUUAAAAAUACAGAAAUAACACAGACCGGGAACUAUUCUUCUUUAUAGAUAUAAAAGCGAGAAUAUGUUGUUGUAGCUGCCUCUGUUUUUUUUUCCCCAAAGUAACAGAAGGAAUCAGUCAGCUAAGCAGAUUGAAUACUGUUCGAAGACUAUAGUAUCAUCCAGCAGCAGCAACAAAACAAUAUUUUUGUGUCGACGCAAGGCGAGGCGGUUACAGAUAAUAAGACAAAAGCUUAGCAAAGAAUGGCUUUGAAAAGGUUACAUAAGGAGUUACAAGAUCUUGGUAGAGAUCCUCCAGCACAGUGUUCAGCAGGACCAGUCGGGGAAGAUAUGUUUCAUUGGCAAGCUACAAUAAUGGGUCCGCCCGAGAGUCCUUAUCAAGGUGGUGUGUUCUUUUUAACUAUACAUUUCCCAGCUGACUACCCAUUCAAACCACCUAAGGUGGCAUUUACAACAAAAAUCUAUCACCCAAAUAUAAAUUCAAAUGGUAGUAUUUGUCUGGACAUCCUGCGGUCUCAGUGGUCACCAGCAUUGACCAUCUCUAAAGUUUUGCUGUCAAUAUGUUCCUUACUAAACGACCCAAAUCCAGACGACCCACUUGUACCAGAUAUUGCCCGCGUGUUCAAGACAAACCGGGACAAAUACAAGUCUACAGCAAAAGAAUGGACUCAAAAGUAUGCAACAUAAAGGCAGACAAACAAGACAUAACGAUGGAGAUAAAAAAAUACAAAUAUAGAGUACAAGGUCGCUGACAUCACAACAGCAUGUGACACCCUUUUGUUACUGAGCAACGCUCCCAAGCGUUCAAUAGGGCUGAGUACCUCCUCAACUAAACUAGAGUUUACAUAUCUUUUUCAUUGACAUAACUUUACAACAUUAUAUUACAUAGAAUAACUAUGCUGAGUUUUUAUUAGGCUUGUAAUUUAGGUUCUAAUACAUUCUAUUGAAAAAGCUGUGAUAAUCUGUAGUAGACUGUGGAGGUGCUCAAGAUUAACGACCGCUUAGUAAAUUAGGUAGUUUCUAAGUAACAAAAUGGUGUCACAUGACAUGGCAACAUUAUAGUAUUCUAUACACCUAAAGCGGUUUGCCAAGCUAAGUUUUGAGUGUAAAAAUUCACACACAACUUGUAUAUCAUUAUUCUCAAUUCUGCCUCAUUUUGUUUUAAAAGGUGGAUAUCGAUGAGAAGGUGUUAGGAAAAUGGCAGGGGAGUGGGGUGGAUGUUACUUUGGAGAUUUUAAAAAAUCACUGACUACAUAAAAUGUGGUAUACUAUCCAGAAAUAGUAGGUUGAAGUUCUUUGUAACAAGUAGUUGAGUAGUAGAUACUUAUCAUAUUCAAACUCGCAUGCUCCUCUUCUAUUGAUUAAAAAAAUUAUAAUCAAUAUGUGCGCCAAUUUUUUUAUUUCUAACAAAUGUCACAUACCGUGUGUUUUUAAAUUGUAGAUAAACAAGCUCAUGUGAGAUUUUGAUAUUCUAACUUAGAUUUUCUUGAUUAAGUUGCUGACAAAGCAUUGCCAGGAAAUUUUUAAUAUUUUUCGCUUUCAGUACUGUUUUUAUUUAACUAAAUUUCUAAGCAAGUCAAUUUUAUUUUUACCUUAGUAGAGCCCUGAAAUAAUUGUGAAUCAGUAAAGCUCAUAUUACGGUUUGGAAUCAGGAAACUGGUUUCUAAUAAUAUUGUAAAAGACGAAAAUGAUUGGGUAUAUACUUUACUAAUUAACUUGUGCUAAAAAUUUGAACAAAAUAGUAGUACCCAAUUCAGCUAUUUCACACAGAUAUAGACAUGAUUAAUAUGCUUAUAAUGUAUGCUAUAUGGUUGCAUAUACCUGAACAUAUAGUACCAUACUAUUCACUUGCUCUUGCUAUUCCAUAUUGAUAGGCAACACUGGUGUAUACCUGCACAGGCUAUUCACACGUCACCGUCCAUUCCAUCAGGUAGUACUUCAUACACCUGCACAUCUACAUACACCUGUCAUUUCAACAGGUAGGACUCAUCACCUGCCAUAUCCACAGGUAACACUUUCUGUAUGUGAGGUGGCAAACCUAUUCAUUCACCAGCACAUUGGCAUUUCAACUAGUGGUACAGCACUUGUAUUCAUCUGGUAUGUCAUUGCAGCAGGCCUUCUCUUAUAUUUCUGCACAUGCCAUUUCAUAAGGUGGUACUGUUGCACCUGUACACACCUUUUCAGGUACACCUUCCCAUGCCAUUUCAACAGGUAGCAUUUAUAUAUUAUACCGGCAUACUCCUACACACACCAUUUAACUAGGUAGUACUUUUGUAUUUGCACACACUCUUUGACAUACACCAGUACGUACCUCAACAAAAUUUAUACCAGUGCAAGAUUUUACAUGCACAAAUUUGUACUCGGAAUAUUCUCAAUCUGAAAUAAUUAGUAGUUGGUACCAGGGAUGCCGAGAAAGGAAGGGGUACACCGAUAUUCUUGAUUGUGUCUGGUUACGGUUCAUUAAUAUGCAAAUACUUGUGCCUGGCUAAUCCUGCUUGUCUGAACACCCAGCAAAGUUAGGGCGGGCUUAACCUUGAGCCAGGCUCAACUCCAAGUCUAAACGUAGCUUAAGUGGGUUUGGUUGGUUCACAGUUUAUGUUAUUCUGGAAGAUCUGUUUGUGUAUUUUUUGUUCUUUUCCUUAGGAGCCUCAAUACCUGAUUGCAGUGGAUAUACAUGAUUAAAUGUACAAACCAGGCUUACCCAUUGUGCAAGUAAAAAUGAUACAAAAUUGAUUUAAAAAAAUUACUUUUGGCAAAAUUGUUUUUCCCAAGGUUCUAAAAUUCUACCUUCAUUUUCCCCAGGGUACUCUCUUGGCACCCCUGAUGCACAUUACAUGGGUUUAGGUCCUCUUUUAACUUAAUGUUAUUGUGAAAGUGUGAAUCCCUUAAAUAAUGGGGGAAAAUGCUUUGAUUAUUUUAUGCAUUAAUUCCAGACAUACUUUAAAAGAUAUGUAUUCUUGAAGUGUAAUUUGUGUAACAAAAGAUGAGAAACAAAAUGUUGUUACUUAUCUACUGUAUGUAUCCAGGUAGUUUAGAGUGAAGUGAUGUAGGAAAGCUUAAGCAUUUUCAAUUUUUCUGUGAUUUACAGUAAUAACAUUAUUAAUAAAAUAAUUUUAAAGCAGAGAUAUGUUUCUUUUAGGGUACAAUUUCCACUAUGUUUUCGCGACUUGAAAUAAGUUGGUGUGGAUAUAACACCACAAACAUCACAACUCAGAUGAGUUUUUACUGUAGUACUGUACUUGUUAGUUUGUUACAAUACUUGUUUAUAUCCAUGGACCCUUAGCGGUUGGUUGUUCUUAAUUACUACUGAACAGCGUUAAUUGCCCUACAUGAGCUGAAUUGUAGGAUAUUUGACCUUUUAUCCAAGAUGCAUAUAUUAGUACAGUGUACUGUAAUUCUCUUUUUAGCUGUUUAUAUGGAUUUAAUUCUCCAUUUUCUGUGUGUUCAGUUAUAUACAAUAAAUGACAGCAUACAUUGUU